AUGACGGAAUUACCGUAUCAAGCUGAAUAUGCCAAAACUGGACGAGCUGGUUGUAAGGGUUGUAAGCAGAAAAUUGAUCAAGGAGCCCUUCGUUUAGCGAUAAUGGUGCAGUCUGCAUUCUUUGAUGGCAAGCAGCCAAACUGGCAUCAUGAAGAAUGCUUUUUUAAGAAACAGCGCCCCACUACUGUUGCUGAUAUUGCUAACUUUAAUAAACUUAAACAUGAUGAUCAAAAGAGAAUCAAACAAACCAUGGAGAAUUCCACUGGUAUUGUCAUGCCAGCAGCUAAAGGGAAAGGUAAAGGAAAGGCGACUAAGAGAAAUGCUGAUGACGCCAGUGCAUCUGCACUUAAAGAUUUUCAAAUAGAAUAUGCUAAGAGUAGCAGGGCUUCAUGCAGACAUUGCGAAAUAAAAAUUUGUAAGGAUGAGGUGCGUAUAGCUAAAACUGUAUAUGACACAGAAGUGGGCAUGAAGUAUGGAGGACAGCCCUUAUGGCAUCAUGUCAAAUGUUUUGCGGAGGAAAGGAGUACUCUCAUGUAUUUUGCUGGAGGUGAAGAUUUACCAGGCUUCAAAAGUCUAAGCAAAGAAGAUCAGGCUAUGGUUAAAAAUGAAAUUAAACCCUUCAAAACAGAUGAAUUACCAGUAAAAAAAUUAAAAGAUGAGCCUAAAGAUGAAGCUGAGCUCAAGGAAGAAAAAGCAAAAGAGAAACAAAUGGAGAAACAAAAUAAACUUUACCAUAAACACAGGAAGGCUUUGACUGAGCUUGCCAAAACUGAUUUAGAAGAAUUGCUUGAAGUGAAUUCACAAGAAAUACCUGCUGGAAAAGACGAAUGCUUGGAUCGGGUAGCCGACAUGAUGGCAUUUGGAGCUCUGGAGCCGUGUCCUGAUUGUAAACAGGGACAACUCGUACUUGAUACUUUUGGAUAUAAAUGCGUGGGUAACAUAAGUGAGUGGACUAAAUGCGCCUACGUAACACAAGAACCCAAGAGAAUUGCAAUGAAAGUACCUAAAGCAUUUAAAGAAGGAAGUAUUUUCAAUAAGUUCAAACCUAAGACGAGUGUGAGACUGUUUGAAGCCGCACCGCGACCAGCAAUGAUCAUUGUUAAGAACGAACCGUCCACCAGCAUCAAAAAAGAUAUACCGGUUCCCCCACUGAAGAAUCUACAGUUCUUCUUGUAUGGAAAGUUGAAAAAUAAAGAGGAGACGAAGAAACGCAUUCUGAAGUUGGGAGGACUUGUAGUUACGCAACCGACUGAUACAACUGUAGCUGUCGUAUCCACUGCGCAGGAUGUUGCAAGAAUGCCUGAAAAAAUGGAGGAAAUUAGACGCAUGGAUAUUGAGGUUUUGGAAGAAUCCUUCCUGGAUCUCAUUCAAAAGGAUGGUACAAUAGCAAGAUCAUUAGAAAUUGUCAAAGAGAACAACAUUGCUGAAUGGGGAUCAGACCCAGCUACCAGAAUCCCGCAAGACGUUAAAGAUGGAAAAUCUAUACCGAAGUCUGGUAGCAUGUAUGUUAAGUCAGGAAAAUCGUCAGCCGUUAAAUUAAAAAUUCAAGGUGGUACAGCCGUGGACCCAGCAUCAAACCUACAAGACGAAGCACACGUAUAUAAGGACGGAAAUGGUACGAAAUACACUGUGGUACUAUCGCAAACAGAUGUGGUGGCGCAAAAGAACUCUUUCUAUAAACUGCAAGUGCUGGAGGCAAACGGUAAAAAAAGGUACUGGUUGUUCCGAUCGUGGGGUCGUAUCGGUACAAAUAUUGGCGGGUCCAAAGUAGAAAACUGCAGUUCAGCGCAAGAAGCUGUUAGUAAGUUUGAAGAUUUGUACAUGGAGAGAACAGAAAACCCUUGGGAAUUUAGAGAAAACUUCAUGAAGGUACCUGGGAGAUAUUUUCCGCUCGAUAUGGAUUAUGGUGGUGAUGAUGUACCAACAGAAACUCUUUCAGUAGAUAAGAAAUGUGAUCUUCCUGAAGCUGUCCAAAAAUUGGUUAUAAAAAUAUUUGAUGUUCAAGUUAUGAAAGAAACACUACUGGAGUUUGAACUAGAUACUGAAAAGAUGCCACUCGGCAAAUUAUCAAAGAAACAAAUUAAGUCUGGAUACAAAGUAUUGUCUGAACUUAUAAAAUUAAUUGAACAAGGGUCUGCAAGCCAGAAUAAAAUAAUUGAUGCCACUAACAGAUUCUUUACUCUUAUACCUCAUGACUUUGGAGUGAACAACGCGCCGUUGUUAGACAACGUAGACGUCAUUAAGACCAAGACCGCCAUGUUGGACAAUCUUCUAGAGAUUGAAAUAGCUUACAGCUUGUUGAAGACAGAAACCGAUGAGUCCAGUCCCAUAUCGGCGCAUUACUUGAAGCUGAAAGCGGAUAUUGCUCCCUUACCGACAGAGUCCCCGGAGUUCGACAUGAUUCAACAAUACUUGCACAACACACACGCUGCCACGCACUCCGGUUACACGCUUAAAAUUGAACAGGUCUUCAAAGUAGUUCGCGAAGGAGAGGACAAGCGCUACAAACCAUUCAAGAAGCUUCACAACAGGCGACUGCUGUGGCACGGAUCGCGCGUCACCAACUUUGCUGGGAUCAUUUCACAAGGUCUCCGCAUAGCCCCUCCAGAGGCGCCAGUGACAGGUUACAUGUUCGGCAAAGGCAUCUACUUCGCCGACAUGGUGUCUAAGUCUGCUAAUUACUGUUGUACCAACAAAAACAAUAACGUCGGUCUUAUGUUACUCUGCGAAGUUGCUUUAGGCAAUAUGAAAGAGUGUUUAAGAGCCGAGAAUGUGAAGCUGCCCCCGAAUAUGCAUUCGGCGUGGGGCAUGGGCACCACCCAACCGGACCCAGCGCAGAACCGGACGCUGGAAGAUGGGCUCAUCGUGCCGCUGGGAAAACCCGUCCCACAUAAUGUCAACUCCUCAUUGUUGUAUAACGAAUUUAUCGUAUACGACAUCGCACAAGUCAAUGUAAAGUACCUGUUGCAAGUAAAUUUCAACUACAAAUGGUGA